AUGGCCGCGAGCAGGUCGACGACGGCGUCGCCCUCGAGUGAGCUUGAGGCGGACCCGAAGCUGAACCACCUGGUGGCGGCCCAAUUGUGUAAAACGAAGAUGUGCGCCAUGUACGCCAGAGGCUCGUGCAGCGACCCCAAGUGCCGCUUCGCACACUCCCCGAAGGAGCUGCGCAAGGCGCCCGACCUCACCAAGACCGCCAUGUGCCGCGCCUUCGCGCGGGGGCAGUGCCGCGUCAGCGGGUGCAAGUUUGCCCACGGCGAGCAGGAGCUGCGCGUGACGCCGAGCGUGUACAAGACGCAGCUCUGCAACUUCUUCGAGCAAGGGUACUGCAAGAAGGGCGCCGAAUGUCGUCAUGCCCAUGGCGUCUCAGAGUUGCGCAGCUUCCAGGGUGCCCAGGCGACGGCGCAGCAGAACGCCGAGGUCUCCUACGAGCCGAGCGUUGAGGCGGUGGGGACGCCCCAGAGAGGCUCGUCGACGGCUGGGAGGCGGAGCCCGCAAGGCUCGGAGAGGCACAGCAGGACCCCCAAGGCUAAAGCCCCGUGGGGCGCCGCGGCGUCGCCGCUGACGCCGCCAGCCUCCCAGCCGCGCCAGCGCCCCUCUCCGCCGGAGGGCGUGAGCACGCCCGAGAGGCACGAGCUGCGCCAGCCUGCCGGUCUCCUGUGGCCGGGCCUCGGGCUCGAGAUGCCGGAGCCGAUGAAGGUGCGCGUGCCCGAGCUCGGGCCCCACGUGCAGCAGCUCCUCCGCCCGGGCCCGCCGCCCGUCGCCGGCGGUUUGGCCGGCCGCGACAGCGACGUGGCCGCGGCUGCGCUGGCGGCGGCGCGAGCUGCGCGGGAGCACUCCGCGGCCGCCAGUGCCGCGUCCGAGGUGGCGGCAAAGUUGGCCGCAGCGAUGACGUUCAGGAGGCAGCAGGGCGGGACCCCGCCGAGUCGUGACGGGCUCCGCGUUCUGCACGAGCUCGCGCGGCUCGGCGUCGCCGGCCCCGAGGACUACCCGGCGCGGGCGGAGGAAGGGCCUCUGCCGGUGGCCAGGGUGCUCUCCUUCGAGUCGCCGCCAGCGACGCCCACCAUGCGCCUCUCGAACAAGCCGGGGUCGCCCUGGCGUCCUGACGCGCGCCCGUCUUCCGAUACCUGGGUGGUGUGA